AUGAGCAUUUUUCAAAUGAAUUUGGCAUUUUACUGUAUUUGCUUCAAAUUGAUUUUUCUUGAACCAUUUUAUGCUUAGUAAGAUACAUAAUAACUAUUUGAAGAUAUAAAAAUACAUUUAAUGUUCACAUACUUAUUUGUUACCAAAAUUUAUGGAUUUAUUUACAUGGUUAAUACCUUUUAUUGCAGAAAAAGUAGGAUUUUAAUUUUAUUAUUAUUAUUAGUUUGCAAAGUAUUUUUCCUUUUUAUACAAACAAGAGGUGAUGAGUCAAUUGAUAAGAUUUCAAAAGAAAAAGAUAUUGCAAAUUGGUUAAUAUCAAAUAAAAAAAAAAGAUUAAAGAUGUUUUUAAAGUGUAAAAUAAAGUUUUUAUUAAGAAUUGAUGUAAAUUCAAAAAGGUAAAGUUUUGAUUUAAAUAAAAGAAGCUUAUUUUUAAUAAUCUAAUUUCAAAUACUCUAUUAGUUAGGAAUUCAAAUGUAAUAAAGGAUUAUAAAUAGCAAUGGAAGCUUUUGA